UAUGCGCAUCUCCUCUUGAUAUUGAUGAUUCCCAUAAAGUUUCGUUGAAUUCCAGACAGUAGUUGCAGAGAACUACUCCGGAAACGAUUUUUACUCCAUAUGCAUAUUGCAUAACUAAUCAAGGGCCAUAACCCUGAGUGAAAGUGUCUGACCCGAACAAGCCGACGAUAUGCGCAUCUCCUCUUAGUAUCCCAUAAAGUUUCAUUGAAUUCCAGCCAGUAGUAGCAGAGAAGUAGCGAGGAAACAAAUAUUUUUUCUAUAUGGAUACUGCAUAACUAAUCAAGGGCCAUAACUCUGAGUUAAAGUGUCUGACCGGCACAAGCCGACGAUAUGCGCAUCUCCUCUUGGUAUUGAAGGUUCCCCUAAAGUUUCGUUGAAUUCCAGCCAGUAGUUUCAGAGAAGUAGUGCGUAAACGUUUUUUUACUCUAUAUGCAUACUACAUAACUAAUCAAGGGCCAUAACUCUGAGUUAAAGGGUCUGACCGGAACAAGCCAACGAUAUGCGCAUCUCCUCUUGAUAUUGAUGAUUCCCAUAAAGUUUCGUUGAAUUCCAGACAGUAGUUGCAGAGAACUACUCCGGAAACGAUUUUUACUCCAUAUACAUAUUGCAUAACUAAUCAAGGGCCAUAACCCUGAGUGAAAGUGUCUGACCCGAACAAGCCGACGAUAUGCGCAUCUCCUCUUGGUAUUGAAGGUUCCCAUAAAGUUUCGUUGAAUUCCAGCCAGUAGUUGCAGAGAAGUAGCGCGGAAACGAUUUUUACUCCAUAUACAUACUGCAUACAUAAUCAAGGGCCAUAACUGUGAGUUAAAGUGUCUGACCCGAACAAGCCAACGCUAUGCGCAUCUCCUCUUGAUAUUGAUGAUUCCCAUAAAGUUUCGUUGAAUUCCAGCCAGUAGUUGCAGAGAACUACUCCGGGAACGAUUUUUACUCUAUAUGCAUACUACAUAACUAAUCAAGGGCCAUAACUCUGAGUUAAAGGGUCGGACCGGAACAAGCCGACGAUAUGCGCAUCUCCUCUUGAUAUUGAUGAUUCCCAUAAAGUUUCGUUGAAUUCCAGCCAGUAGUUGCAGAGAACUACUCCGGAAACGAAAUUCGGACGGACGGAUGGACGGACGGAAGGACGGACCGACAACGCCAAAACUAUAUCCCCCUCCCGAUUCCAUCGGCGGGGGAUAAUCAACCACUCGGUACGCGCUACAGAAGCAUUUAGCAGGUGCGCGAUGAUGUAAAAUCUUACAUUUUGUUACAUGCACUGAUUAUACACUUCAGAUGGUAAUACGAUAUUACCAAAAUACACAUACUAAUUUUUUACAUGGUAUAUGGUUCGUACUGUUGACUAUGUAUUUCCUGCAAUUUGUCAGCGUGCUUGCGAUUUCUCCUGUUGUUGAUUGUUUUCUCAUUCAUCGCGUAGCCAGGUAUUCAGUUGUUGAUACUAUUGGACAUACAAAUCGAGCUAGUUGGGGACCGCGGGGUUGUGCACAGUAUUGUGCGGAAGGUACAUAUGCUGCCGGAUAUGAAAUGAAGAUUGAGCCAAAACAAGGAGCUGGGGACGAUACUGCACUUAACGCAAUUAAGCUUGUGUGUUUGUCACUAAAAGGAAAACACUUUGGUGGAACAAUCACUUCAACAGUUGGACCUUUUGGAGACAGGGGUGGGGAACAUAUGUCUCCUGAUAAUACGUUUCUAAAGGAGUUUGCGUUACAAGUUGAAGAUGACCGACAUGUAAGAUUUACAUACUACAUUCCUUUUCUUUACAAGGUACUUAUUAAAGUCAUUAUUUUCAUCUCGUAGUUGCACACCAUGAUGUGCCCAAAACACAUCAUUACACGGGAGUCACGGGUUUUAAAAAGGGUAACAUUUAAGAAGAAAAAUUAUAUAACAAAGCAUUCGUUUGGAGUUGUCUAUUGUUGUUUGACCGGGUAGAACCAAAAGAAGCGGUGUGUAUAUAUACUGCAAGAGUAGUUAAAACUGGAAAAAGGAAUUGUGUAG